AUGAAUGUUCCAAAAAAAUUCGAAGUUAAUCAAGCCAAUUCUAGGAGGAAUGUCCUGUGGUCUUCCUUUAUUCUUUUCGGCUUUUCGGUAUUUGCUGGAAUAAUUGCGAGUGGUAUUCUAUCAAGUUUAUCUGAAUUACUUGGGUAUGAUAUUUUGAGCGACUUCAUCUUGAGAAUUCUCGAAGCUCUUUCGGUAAGGCUUCUAAAUUCAGUCUAUCGCACUGGUCAAUUUUCAUCUACAUUUAACUUCAAACUAUUUAAAAGCGCUCGUAAAAAAUUCCAGUGUUGUAACAUUGGAAGUUUGCAUGGGCCGGUGGACUUCUUUUUCGCUGCUCUACCUCUUUGUUCUUGCUUAUUCUAUAUAGUUGCCUUCAAAAAAAUACGAUCCAUGCGAAGAUCGAGUAUCGGCUUCGAAGUAACAGACAAAUUCGAAAGGACAAUACUGAAGCAAGGUUUUCUAAUCUGCAUUUUUUACACGUAUAGUCUUGAUGAUUAUGGUGAAUUCUAUUCACUUUCUCAACUGAUUUUUUAUGCUUCUAUGAAUCUGCCACCGAUCGGAUUUCCUCUUAUUGUGUUUAUAUGCUCGAAGGAAUUUCGAAAAUUGUUUCUAGUAAACUGUUCCAAGCUACUUUCCCAUACUCAAACCAUUCACACUUUAUCCACGAGUCGAGGUGAGUGA